CAGCCAGCCACUCCUCUCCCUCACAACCAACACUCCGCUUGAAGACAAGAAGAGAAGAUGACAACCAUAGCAAGAGGAAGGAGAGACACGACGACGGCCGCGCGAAAGAAGAAGUCGCAGCGAACGGACAUUUGGUCCAAUCUCCUGCGCCAAACACGCGAAGCCCAAGCUCGAAACCGAACACAAGCCGUCCAGCAUCGCGAACUGAUCAUCUGUGGUGGCUCUCCCGCCGACCAGCGCUCCUUCGUACAGAGUCUCACUCGUCCACCGCCCGCACAACCUCCUAGCAGGAACCAGGAGCGAAAGCAGCAGAAAGCAAGGGGAGAACUGCGAUUGAGCAAUAGAUAUGCCUAUGGCUAUGGACAUGUGACGCUGUACUCGCCGCCGCAGCAGAGUGGCACAGGUGUGCAAGUGUUGGGCGCUGAGGCUGAGGAGGUCGCGAGGCUGGAAGUACAUGCCCUGCCGCAGCCAACGUCUGAGUAUGCUGGCACCCUGAGAGGCUUGUUGGUGAGACGGAAGAAGAAGAAAGACCAGCAGACGGAAGGACAACAAAAAGACGCUGAAGCUGAGGAGCCUGUAGACGAAUAUGAAGGCGCCACCGAACAGCGUCGGCCUGGGGUAUGCGUCCUACUGAGCUGGAAAGAGCCGUGGAAUUUCUUGGAUCAGCUGAGGAGGUGGCUGCAAUUGCUUGCUCAAGCUCUACUGCAACCUGGUGUGGCAGCUACGGAUCCUCUGGAUGUGCUCAAGGAGGCCCAAGUGCCACUCACUGUGGUUGUGCAGCAUACUGAGACCCAGGAAGAUCUAUUCAGAGAAGGAUACAAGGAGGAGGACUUUGACUUCAUCUCACAGUGUCUACGAACUGCUCUCCUUCCACUACAUCCUCUGAGUGCGCUGGUCUAUACACCUUCUGCCGCCCCACCGCAGCAGCCAGGAAGUACUCUCAGCGAGCCACAGAAGGUCGUCUUCAACUCUUUGGGCUUGGAUCUGGCAGCGUUGAGUCCUAAGAGGUCCCGCUCGAGCUCUGGUGCCGAGAGGAAAGACGAGCUCAUCGUGAAGCACGAGUUCAUGGACCGAAUGGCAAUUGUUAUCCCAGCCGGAUGGGACAGUCCAGCUUUCAUCCGUACCCUCAGCGAGACAUUCUCCCCCGAAGAUAUCGUCAGUGGCUGGUUAGAAGACCUGCAACCUCCACCAACUCCUUCUCCAUCGAAACUUCAAUCCUCUCCCCAGAUCGAACAGUCCAAUACAUCGCCAUCUCCAGAACAAUCCAACGGCGGCGCAGAAGUCUACGAAAGCUCUCCUGUCCUAGAAGACGAUGUUGAAGACGCCCUGACAUCACUUCCCGCUAAGCAGCUCUCCUCCGCGUCAGCAGUACAAUCCUACGAGAAUCGAGUCUUCAACCCUGAAGCACAUAAAGCUAACAAAGGACCACCGCAAAUUGAAGUGGUGACGAAACCUGAUCAGAAGUUUUUGGCGGAGAUGAGAGAACAUCUACAGCAACUCGAGCAACAGGAUCGGGAGCGCGAAGCCAAAGGACAGAAUUCUGGCGUGUCUAAUACUGGUCUCAGCAGCACAACUCGGGUCAGUGCUUUGCCAGCUGGUGAAUCUACAGGCGCGCUGAGUGAGCUGGGUGAAGUGAGUUUUAAUGUUGGAGGCGUAAGCUACGAUAGCGUUUCGGCAGAAGCUGCGAUCAAUGCGCUAAAGAAGGGAAGAGAUGGAGAUGAAGGUUCUUCGAGGAUACAUACGCCGAAGCCGAGAGGCCCUGGGGGCAAUAGAAUGGACGCAAAUUCUGGGAAAGAGACGCCGGGGAGUAGUUUCAAGAGUCCUGAAAGUGCUAGUAACUCAAAGGCUCCGUUGGAUGUCGAUAAAUUGGAGGAGUAUUUCCAGAGCUUGCUGACUAAGAGCGGAGGUGGUGGUGGUGGAGGAGGAGGAGGGACCGGGAGUAGGAAUGCUACACCCACGAGAAGGUGA